AAGCAGUUUCCGCUUGGUGAAACCACGCAUGUGUUGAUCUGCUGCAGCAGCGUGCAUCAGUUCCUCUCUGACCCUACUGUUAAUCUGCAUUCAGACCGCGGCUCCUCUGUUUUUUUAGCAUCUCGCUACAGAGUGGCUUAUUACGGGGGGACUUCGUCAUCUGUGGCAGUUUUAGGGCCCUGCUGUCAGGCUGUCGAUUCAGCAAUAGACAGAAAAAAAAAAGCAGCGCUACGAAAUUAAGCUCUCCACUCGCAUCGAUCUCUGCCUGGGCUGAUUUCAUUCCACAGCACGUCUGUCUGUCUGCCUGCCUGCUUUGGGUCUAGAUUUAGCCGAUGCGCUACCGCUAGUGUGCGUAAUGCAUCGCAGGGAGGAAACACAGUAAAAAAAAAGAAAAGAAAAAAAAAGGACGGAGUCGUCCAUCUGCAGACGGAGGAAACGAAGAUGGUGAUGAUGGCUUCUCCCAAUUCACUCUCCAAAUGCUCGGCAGCCAUGGCGAAGCUAUCCCUCCCCCUGAAGCUGUUUCUCUGGGUGUUUAUUAUCGUCAAUCUGCCUACAAGCUCCUUUCAGAGUGAUGACGACGAGGCGACUAACAAGACGUGGGUGCUGACUCCAAAAGUCUACGAGAGUGAUGUCACACACAUUCUGAACAGCCUUCUAGACGGAUAUGACAACAAGCUCAGACCUGACAUCGGAGUCAAACCCACAGUGAUACACACAGAUAUGUUUGUCAACAGCAUCGGCCCAGUGAAUGCCAUCAAUAUGGAAUACACCAUUGACAUCUUCUUCGCUCAAACCUGGUACGACAGAAGGUUGAAAUUUAACAGUACGAUGAAGGUUCUGCGUCUUAAUAGCAAUAUGGUCGGAAAAAUCUGGAUUCCCGAUACAUUCUUCCGCAACUCUAAGAAGGCAGACGCUCACUGGAUAACCACACCAAAUAGAAUGCUCCGGAUCUGGAACGACGGUCGAAUACUCUACACCCUCAGGCUGACCAUUGAUGCCGAGUGCCAGCUCAAACUGAACAACUUCCCUAUGGAUGAGCACUCGUGUCCCCUGGAGUUUUCAAGCUAUGGCUACCCCAGGGAGGAGAUUGUAUACAAAUGGAAAAGAAGUUCAGUGGAGGUGGGGGACAUUCGCUCCUGGAGGCUCUACCAAUUCUCCUUUGUGGGUCUGAGGAACACCUCCGAGGUCGUCAGGACUGUCUCCGGGGACUACGUGGUGCUGACUGUCUUCUUCGACCUGAGCAGGAGGAUGGGCUACUUCACCAUCCAGACCUACAUCCCAUGCACACUAAUUGUUGUCCUCUCCUGGGUCUCAUUCUGGAUCAACAAGGAUGCAGUACCAGCUCGUACAUCAUUAGGGAUCACCACUGUCCUGACCAUGACUACACUCAGUACCAUUGCCAGGAAAUCCCUUCCAAAAGUCUCUUAUGUGACUGCAAUGGACCUGUUCGUCUCAGUCUGCUUCAUCUUCGUGUUUGCCGCGCUCAUAGAGUACGGCACGCUGCACUACUUUGUCAGCAACAGGAAGCCCAGUGCCAAAAAGGACAAGAAAAAGAAAAACCCGCUCCUGCGGCUCUUUUCCUCAAAGCAGACACCCACGGUUGACAUCCGUCCACGCUCGGCCACCGCCAUUCAAAUGAACAACGCCACACACAUGCAGGAGCGAGACGAGGAGUACGGCUACGAGUGUCUGGACGGGAAGGACUGCACCAGCUUCUUCUGCUGCUUCGAGGACUGUCGCUCCGGAGCCUGGCGGCACGGACGGUUGCACAUCCGCGUUGCAAAGAUAGACUCGUACGCCCGCAUCUUCUUCCCAACUGCUUUUGGUCUCUUUAACCUAGUUUACUGGGUGUCCUAUCUCUAUCUGUAGACCCUGCGUGUGUCCAGCCUUACCAAACACUUCAUUACAUUCUCUAUGCUCUGGGCCAGCGAAAGACAUUUAACGGAGGAGGAGGCCGACUGAUGCACUUAGUUUGUUUGAAGGAAUUUCCUUUAAAGAUCUGCUCAGAAUCUCUUCACAUAUUAAUCAUUAUAUUUGAUAACUUUAACAGACAUGCAAAUGUUGUAGCAUUAUUAUUAUUAUUACCUAGACGUCCGUGGACAGUUUGUGGGUCUGGAGGUGUGUUUGUACAACACUGACUGCAACUUUUGUUGUCAUUUUGUUUGUUUUUUUUUGGGGGGGGGGGUUGUCUUAAGGUUUUUAUUAUUCUUUGGAACAAAUAAGCAUUUUCAGUUUAAUCAGUGAAAGUAAAUAUUUCAGACGUAAAAGAAAUAUAACAAUCAGCAAACUGUCACCGGGCAACAUUGAACUCAGUACCUAAAGCACUUUAAUGCAGCAGUGUUAGAAAUUUUUUUUUUUUUUUUUUUUGGAUGACAUUUUAGCACAAUUACACCCCAAAACUUUGUGUGUGGUCAGACAACAGUGAUUCUGUUUAGAUACAACACUCCAUUGUAUAAACACUGUAUAUAUUUUUCCUAUUAUGUUGUGCUUCACAUCUACUGCAUGCACAUUUAAAUCUGAACAAACAUGCUUAAUGAUCUUCUACUGUCGCGCAGGCACCGCUGGUUAUCACGUAGGAACGAAAUUUGAAAAAUGUCAUUUGUAUUUGCUUUAAAUGUUGAGAAAACAUUUAUUUUGCAGCCAUUAUUCUGCACCGUAACAAAUAGAAACCUCCUUUAAUUUUCCCCAUAUCCUUACGAUUUCAUUUCCAGAAAUGAAACAUCAACAAGACAAACUCGACAGCACCUACUGUACGACGACAAGCAAAUCCAAAUUCAAACUUGUUUUACACAGCGUAAAUAUUCACAUUAUCUCAUGAAACAAAUGGAGUCCGUGGUCAAAUAUCAUUUGUAAAUUCAUAAAGAAUGAAUGGUAGAGUCAUUUUUGUUGUUUUUUUGUAUAUAAAUUAGUAAAAACAUCUGUCACACCUUUGAGGUUUUGUAAAAAGGAUUAUAUUUUGUAAUUUCAGCCUAGUUAGAGUUUAUGAUCAUACAGUAUACUAGACUAAUCUUAUCAUACUGGACUGAUGUAGAAUACUUAGGGGUAACGUGUACGUAUGCGUUUAUUUAUUUAUUUAUUUAUGAUAUUUAUUGGUUUAUUUAUUUAUCCACGUUCUAUUUAUUCUCUGAAACGUGUACUUCAUGUUUACAUCGCCCCUUUAAAGAACCAUGAAAUACUGUCUUUUUUGCCAAGUAUGUUUCUGUUGGACGUGUCAGUGAAGUUUUAAAGAAAUAUAUAUUUAUCUUGUGAUUUCUAUGUUGUGGUCAAUGUACACUACUCUCACAAACUGCCUGUGGAACUGUUACGUCUGUCCAGCUAGUGAGGUGCAACGUGACGCGUUGCUUUCGAGUAACAGCCUUUGAUAAUAUCAAGAAAGAAAAAACAACUACAAAAAAAAUAUAUAAAGAUGAAAAUGUUUACGUCUUAGUGGCAGUUUUUGACUCCCACGACUUUCCCUUCAACCAAAUCAGUAAAUACCGGUCGCUAAUAUUUUCUGUCAUGAAUUAACCAUCAGUGAUUAUAAAAGUAUUUGUCACAUGAGCCACUGUUCCCUGCAGCUUUUUCUUCUCUGUGUUUACAUGUGUUCCUGUCGUGGCUCCCAGCAGCCACCUCUCAGUCUCAGCCUGUCUUAAAUGUGAACACAUGCGAACUGUAGGGUCUGUAACUUGUCAAUAGCAGAGUGUACAGGGCCUCAUCAGUGUGUAGUAGCUCACAGAUUCACCAGGAAGCGACUACAUCUUGUUGAAAUGUUCAGUCGAUAGAAAAGAUGCUCAAAGAAAAAAAAAAAGAAGAAUGUCCAAAAGUUGAAUGUUUGCUACAGUCACGUCCAUCCAGACGUUGGUUUUCACAUGUUAAUAAAUGAAUUUGUUUCUCUUCAACUUAAGCAUCAAACAGCAUCAGGACAGUUGUUCAAAUGCUGGGGCGGUAUUUGAAGGAAAAAAAAAAAGAAACUUAUGAAGAACUGACCUGACUCUCUACAUGAGCAUAUCUAUUCACAAAGCAUGUCAUGCAAAGACUCUGCAGAGAACAAACAUAUAAACAUGUUUUAUUCAUGAUGGUUUUUCAAGUUGAUCUAUUAUCUGUUUAUUAUAUUCACGUUUUCUGCGCUCUACUGUAAAUGCAUAUGUAUUUAGGCAAACGGAAGAGGUUUUUCCUGGGUAAGCGUGCAUGCAGAUCAGGCCUUUGUCUGGGGACGCUGUUCAGAAUGGAAGCAUUGUUCCAUCCUUGCUCGCUUUGACAUACUGUAGAUCUGAAUCCAACUUAUUUUUGACAAAGUGUUUUUAUUUGGGUGUGUGGGCCGUGGAUGGAGACCGUUAUGUGAAGAGCACAUGCAGAUAUUUUUAUUGUUAUGUAUUUUGUCAAACAGAAUUAAAAUCACUGCAUACUGUAACUACAACACUUAGCAACAGGUAAUCAAGAAAAUAAACAGAUUUCAUAU